UUUCCAACACACCGAGCGGCCGGAAGUCGGAAGGCCAUCGCGCUCAUGUGGGUUCAUGUUGACAACAAAAAGUGUGUUAGAACAUUUUCACUAGUAAUAAUUCACAGGGGGCAGAUAGGGGCUUCAAAAUAAAACAUGUCCGACAACGAAGACAACUUCGAUGAUGGAGAUUUUGAUGAUGCCGAGGAGGACGAGGGAUUAGAUGACCUUGAAAACGUGGAAGAUGAAGAUCAGGAGAACGUGCAGAUCCUGCCGGCGGGAGAGGGUCAGCAGGCAAAUCAGAAGAGGAUCACAACACCAUACAUGACCAAAUACGAGAGAGCCAGAGUGCUGGGGACACGAGCUCUGCAGAUAGCGAUGUGCGCUCCGGUCAUGGUGGAGCUGGAGGGAGAAACAGACCCCUUGCAAAUAGCUAUGAAAGAGCUCAAGAGCAGAAAGAUCCCCAUCAUCAUCCGCAGGUACCUUCCUGAUGGCAGCUAUGAGGACUGGGGUUGUGACGAGCUCAUCAUAACUGAUUAAACAAAUGAUCCAGUCUGCACUGACACAACAGUCUGUGCUGUUUCACACUCUCCGUCGUACCAGGUCAGUCAGCUGCACAAACCCGGGGGAGUCCUUAGUCCGACGGCGUCAUCACCCACCUGCUCCUACCUUCACCUGAAACACAAAAUGGUCAGGUGACUGUGAGAGCUGGUGAAAUAUGAACACAUGAAAUGUUCCAAACAGACACUCAGAGAACCGUGAAAAUCUUUUAUGUUGAUGAUCCUUCGUCUGGAUAACCGUGAAUUUAACUAAAGUGAAAUUUAGACUUAUUAUCUACCGUACUUCCUAUUUUAACAGCUGCAUUAUCACAAACAACCACAAGGGGGAAAUGUAACUUAAGGCAAACAUUUACACUAUUUUUUUUUUUUUUUUUACAAAAUAAUCCUGUGUUGAAAUUAUUCCAUCUGUUGUUUUGAAGGACAGAGGUGAUUAAUGUAAAGUAACUGUUUUAUAGUUUAGAAUAAACUCUUUUGUAUGAACAAGCACAUCUCAUUCAUGUUACUGAAACUCACGCUCACAGAGGUUUGUAAUGACUUUUGAAGUUAGACUCUGGGUUGUUAAUAUCUGUGUUUAAUCGUGCAAUAAGCCACUUACACCUGAACAAAUGGGAAAUAACUGCAAGCUUGUUAUUUAGUUGCCCCUGAACCAACAUUAUAUGAUACUGAUGAUUCUGCUAAAUCACAUUUCAGCCUCAGAAGUAAUUAAAUAAUUCUUCCAUUGAGAAAAAUAAACUCUCUACAACACAGUGCAAAAGCCUGAGGUUAGCAGCAGCUUAUUAAAACUCAGUCUUUAGUUUUUGCAUUAACUGUUUGAGAUUUGGGGUUUUUGUAUUGACUGUUUAAUGCUAUUGACUCAAUAUCCUCUUAGUCAUCUACAUGCAACAACAGCCGCCCUACAGGUGACUCUGUUUAUGCUGAAUACCAGGUGAAUAUCGUGAUUUCUACAGGUGAGAUUUCUUACAAAAACUGCAUUUCUGAUGCAUCUGUCAAAGCAAACUGCAAAAAUUAUAUUACAAGUGAGGGGGAAAGUCCCACAAUCAAUCCAUCCUGCUGCAACAAUGGCAAUCGGCUUAAAAGACUCACUCCUGAUAGUUUAAAUAAAAGCUGAACUUUAUGAUUUUUAUUUCUCCCCUCUGUCUUUGAUAACUAGUGUGAAAGCCUGACAAACACACACAUGCACUUAGCAGCCAAACAGUCUGCGUAUUGUUGCGGGGGAAACGGGUUGUUGCCCGGGCAGAACGAAGCCCGGUGAGCGCUGGAAAAAAGAAAGGAGCUGAAAGUUUGUGAGAAAGAGAAGAUUAAGAGCUUUGUUGUAGAAGAAGCUGCGUGAUGAUACUCCAGCCUCUGGUGGAUGGAUGGGUGGAUUAUAAAGUGUGUGUGUGUGUGUGUGUGUGUGUGUGUGUGUGUGUGUGUGUGUGUGUGUGUGGCAUGAAUGUAAAGACAUGGUAAAUGAUAAGAAAUGCAGCAGGAUGAAGCCGCAUGUUUCUCUGUGGUGAGAAUAAAGCCGAGAGGAUCCACCUCACACAUGUUAUAAAUGCCAUCAGCAGGAAGCUGGUGUGUCCUGGUGUCUGUUCCUGUGUGUGUGUAGCCACAGUUGUGUUUUUGAUUUCUGAAAGUAAAAAACAAAAAACUGA